AUGCCUCCAAAGAACAAGAAACAAAAGGAGAUAGUUCAGGAUGAACGUUUGCAGGCCAUUAUACUGACGGAUUCCUAUCAAACAAGAUUUGAACCAGUCUCCUCGCAAAGCCCCAGAUGUUUGCUUCCUUUGGCUAACGUCCCUCUCAUAGAGUACACAUUGGAGUUUUUAGCAAAUUCAGGUGUUGAUGAAGUAUAUGUAAUGUGCAGAUCGCAUGCUUCACAAAUUCAAGAUUAUUUGGAAAAAUCAAAGUGGAGCCAAAGAAAUUCACCUUUCAAGGUUCAAACUGUGCUCUCAUUGGAGUCCAGAUCGGUCGGUGAUGCAAUGCGAGACUUAGAUAACCGAGGACUAAUAACGGGAGAUUUUGUACUGAUCAGCGGUGACGUCGUUACAAAUAUGUCUUUGGAGCCAGUGCUCAAGACUCAUAGACAACGCAGAUCCCAGGAUAAAGACCAUAUGUUAACAAUGGUUUUGAUGGAAGCGUCCCCCUAUCACAGAUCCAGAUCUAACACUGAACCGGCUACUUUCAUGGUAGACAGAGCCACUGGAAAAUGCUUAUACUAUGAACAAAUUGGGGGUGCAAAGAAAGCAGUUUCUAUAGACCCGGAGCUUCUAACUGGCAUUGACAAGUUUGAGAUCAGAAAUGACCUAGUCGAUUGCCAUGUCGACAUUUGUGCCCCUCAGGUACCACUAAUAUUCCAGGAAAAUUUUGAUUAUCAAGAACUACGUAAUGACUUUGUCCGUGGAAUAUUGGCAUCAGAUAUUUUACAAAAAACCGUUUACGCACACAUCACUAACCAAUACGCCGCAAGGGUUGAGAGUUGGUCCACAUAUCAUGCAAUAUCUCAGGAUAUUAUGGAGCGCUGGACUUACCCUGUGGCCCCAGAGUCAAACGUAAUUGAUGGAACUUCCUACAUUCACGUGGGUGAACACAUCUACAAAGAAAAUGAUGUAAUACUGGCACAGACAUCUAGGCUACAGCGGUGCGUAGUCAUUGGCGGAGGCUCAUUUGUUGGAGCCGAGACGAAUAUUGUCUGUUCCUGUGUCGGAAAAAAUGUUCGUAUCGGUGAAGGUGUCCAACUGAAGAACUCGUAUAUUUGGGAUGAUGUCGUUUUAGAAAAUGGCGUAGAAGCCACCGGGGCAGUAGUAGCUUCUGGGGCAAUAAUCCGUGCUGGAGCCAAGCUUCUUCCUGGAGCAAUUGUUGGAUUCAAUGAAGAAGUACCUGCCGGUGCUGAAGUGGCAGCAUCUGAAUCUAAGAUGCCACAAUUAAAAUUCUCCGAAUCUGCGGCCCACGACGACGGUCUUUUUGAUCUCUCAGACACUUCAAUUACUUCGUUACCAGGUACCGGGUCUCGUCGUAAGGGUAGAACGUUAUCUACAACUAGUUACUACUCGGAAUUUGACAGUGAUGCCGAUGGUCUCAGAGAUGAAGAUGAUUUUGACAAAGAAGCCAUGGCCACAGUGACCAGAUCAAUGGAGAACAACCAUGAUCUAGAUACCGCAUUACUAGAGCUCAAUACUCUCCGUAUGUCUAUGAAUGUUUCCUAUCAUGAGCUAAGACUGGCUACUACAAAGGCUUUACUGGCAAGAAUCGAACAUUUUGUUGCUACGCAGACUCUAUCUUUGACGGAGGCAACCAACAAGAUCUUUAGAAAAUGGGGCCUGCUAUUCCGCAGACAAGUGUUUGAAACUGAAGAGCAAAUCGAUCUUCUGAAUGUCUUGCAACAACAAUGCCUUGAAUUGGAGAACAGAUCUGACGCAGCCAGUAUCUUGAUGCGAGCUCUAUAUAUCCUCUACGACGAGGAUAUUGUAGAAGAAGAUCAGAUCUAUGCUUGGUGGGAUGCUCCAGAAUCAAACGCAAGCGAAGAGCUAAUAGAAGUAAAAGCCCCUGCUGGCAAAUGGGUCCAGUGGUUACGCGAGGCUGAAGAGGAAAGUGAUUAA